AUGAUUUCUUUCUUUCUUUCUUUCUUUCUUUCUUUCUUUCUUUCUUUCUUUCUCAUUAUCUUUCUUUCUUUCUCUUUUCAUUGCUCUUUUUAUUCAACUGUUUCUUUCUUUCUUUCUUUCUUUCUUUCUUUCUUAUGCAUCUUGAAAAUAGUUUAUUUUUUUAGAAGGUUUAUUUUCUAUUUUCUUUCUUUGUUUCUUUCUUUCUUUUCAUCUUCGUUCUGCUCCCUUUCCUUUUUCUUUAUUUCUUUUCUGAUUUCAUUCUCACCCGUUACCUCCUAUUCAUUAUUUUCCCUUCGCCUUCUUCUUCUCAGCUGUUAUUUCAUUCCCCCUCUUGUUCAAUGUCUCGCUUUUUUCCCCGCUCACUAUGUCUACCUUGAUUUUCACUCGCUUCUUUCCUGUUCCCAACAAUGCUCGCCAUAUUGUUCCGAUGACAACAUCCGUCCAGUUGGUAUCGUGACGCCUCUUACUUCUGUAUUGUCCGUGUUAACUAAAUACAUAUUGCAGUCUGUUAGUAACUAUCUAUCUAUCUAUCCCAUUCUGUUUCUAUCUAUCUAUCUAUCUAUCUAUCUAUCUAUCUAUCGCAGUCUACAUCUAUCUAUCUAUCUAUCUAUCUAUCUAUCUAUCUAUCACAGUUUGCCCAUAUCUAUCUACCUAUCUAUCUCAGUCUGUUAA